AUGUCAACGACGGAGCAAAGCUCAUCAGCGGAAGCUGGGAAGGCUGGGGAAAGCCAAGCCGUGGAGACUUCGGUCCAACAACCCCCAGAAAUCACACCUAGUGAACUCCAGACCGUCUCUGAACCAACAUAUACAAUCGCUAUCGACGAGGGAGAGACUUUCCAAACCGACUACACAUCAAGCGGUUCGGACUAUGACUCUCUCUAUGGGUCGGACUCUGGUUCUGCAACAACCUCGCUAACGGAGUCCGUGAAAAAUUAUAAAUAUCAUAAUGGAAGGCGGUACAAUGCAUACGGAACGCAAUACUUUAUCCCUAAUGACGAUGUCCAACAAGAACAAUUAGAUCUAUUCCACCAUGUGUUUCUCUUAAGAUUGGGAGGGAAAUUAUUCCUUGCUCCUAUUGAAAGUCCUCAAAAGAUUAUGGACGUAGGAACAGGGACCGGUAUCUGGGCCAUUCAGGUUGCGGAAGACUUUCCUGAAGCCGCUGUUAUGGGAAAUGAUGUUUCUCCUAUACAACCAAACUGGGUUCCCCCAAAUGUCUCUUUCGAAGUUGACGACUUCAAUGAACCUUGGCUUCAGACUCCAGGAUCUUACGAUUUCAUUCACUCUCGCGACUGUCACGCUGCCGUAUCGGACUGGUCAGAUUUCGUAAGGAACGCAUUCCAUAUCCUAAAGCCGGGUGGUUGGUACGAAUCGCAGGAACACACCGUCGAGAUCACCGCCGAUGAUGGAUCCGUUCCCGAAGACAAUAUUCUUAAGGACUGGGUUCGUGAUCUGAGCGAUGCAUUCGAGAGAAUUGGCAAGACCUGUCACGCACACCCACAUAUCGAUAAGUGGAUGGAAGAAGCGGGCUUCACCAACAUCAAGAAGCAAUACUUCAAACUCCCGAUUGGUACAUGGCCUAAAGACCCUGUGGAAAAAGAAAUUGGCGCUUUCAACCUUGUGAAUAUGCUGGACGCAACGGAAGGGUUCACCAACGCUGUAUAUACUCGCGUUCUAGGGAGAGACAAUGAGGUGGUCGCGCAAACUAUCAAAGAUAUCCGGAAGAACCUGAAAAACAAGAGCUUCCACAUGUACUUCCGAUUUUGCGUUACAUAUGGCCAAAAACCCGAAUAA